GCGGGCGACGAUGUGGGGCUGCGGCAGGGGGUGCUCGACUCGCUGGCCCACGUGGCGCAGGAGGUCAUCGGGCGGCCAGUUGAUGAGCCAGGCUCUGCCAGCCCGCGCCCGGACGAGGCGCCUGAGGUGGACGUGGCGAUGGCGGGGGAUCCAUCGAACGACGCGCCGCGACAAGGACCCGCCGACGAGCCCACCGCGGCGCCAGGCUCUGCCAGCGCGUGCCCCGACGAGGACCCGCCGGCCCACGGUCGGCCGGUCAAGCACCCGCGAGUGGAUCCUCGGGAGGUGGAGGACCAGCCCGGGCAGGCCAUGCGGGAGGACACGCCUGGGCACAUUGUGAAUGCGUUCCGGGCAUUGUUUCCAUAUGGGGCCGGCGACUAUCACGGCGCCAGGCCCUGCCAGUGCCGAACGCUUCGCUUCGAGGAGUGGGGUCGGUAUGUGAUGUUGUGGCACGACGGCCGGUUCAUGCGCCGCACCCGCUUUCGGUGCUGGCCCCUGGACACCGUGCUCCGGGCCAUGGUCCCGGGCGCCCAGCGGACCUUCUUCCGCGCGCGCAAGGCGUGCGAGGAGUGCACCCUCGACUCGCUCAUGGGCGAGACCAAGCGGCGCGAGCUGGUGCAGCAGAUGUCCACUGUGACGAAUCUGAUCCCGGGAUCCAUCGGCGAGAGGCGGAAGAUGCGUCAUGAGCUCGAGGCGAUGGUCCACCAGAUCGAAGCAGAGACGGCUGAUCUCGGAAUGAGUGGGGGCGCCGGCAGGAUCCCGUCUGGCUUUUGCACACUCGCGUGCAGCGUGUACAAAUGGGCACAGUUGCAUGCGACGUUGCUCAAGGCGUACCCGUCCGGCGACGCUG